AGUAAGUUGAGCAAAAGUGUUCCGUGACCUUUACCGGCCUGUACUCGGCUUCGUCCAAAACUCCACUUCGAAGGUGCCUUUUUCUUUUCUCAGCGACAAUGUCGACGGUUGGAGGAUUUGGAGCAGCGCACACGCUAUCUGCAACGACGUCAGAUUGUGUGAGCUGCGUGAAGUUCUCACCAAAAGAAUGUCCGAUGCUCUUAGUUGGCGUCGCAGCGUGGGACGGCAGCUGUUCGGUAUGGCAGGUGGGAAGAGAUGCAUCGGGUGGAGUCAUCUCGCAGCCCACAUGGACUUCGUCACAUGAUGGCCCGCUGCUUGGUAUAUCCUUCUCUCCAGACGGGCGCGUGUUUUACGGCGGAUGCACGAAAACAGCCGUGAUGUGGGAUUUGAAUUCCGAUCAAAAAAGCGUGGUGGCGUCACACGAUCUCCCCAUCAGCUGUCUUGAUUACGUAACUCUUCCGCAAACAAUGAGCUCGGUGCUCAUUACCGGUAGCUGGGACGGAAAGCUGCGAUGGUGGGAUUUGCGGCAGCAGAAUUUUGUGAUGGAGCAGAAUUUAGGUGAGCCCAUUUUCACCUUAGAUGCACAAAAGACGGUGCCGAUGAUGGCUGCUGCAACGGGGCGACUUGUACACAUUUACGAUUUGCAAUCAUCGCAAAAAGUUAGCGAGUUGAAGGUCCCGGAUGUAAUGAAAUUCAAUAUUCGAUGCGUCACUUGCGCCCCUCAGUACGACGGUGUCGGUGUCGGCUCGUCGGAAGGUCGCGUGUCUUUUGUCAACAUGAAGGAGCAACCGGGAUGCACGUUUAAGGCACACAUCGGAACGGAGAAAAACCAUUACAUUUUGAACCAGGCGAACUUCUGUGUGCACCACCCUUCAAAGCCCGUUCUCUUUUCCGGAGGAGGAGACGGCAACAUUACAGUCAUCAAUCGAGGUGAACGAAAAAUAAUCAAGACACUACAAUGUGAGCAGAAGAUGAAUGACCUCCCAAUUCCCAUAUCCGCUGGCGACAUCAGCGGAGACGGGUCCUUGCUUGCUUAUGCUCAUAGCUAUGACUGGGCAAUGGGCAAGAGCGGAUAUCGCAACCAGUCUACAUCGGUUCACAUUCGCACUGUUGGAUUUUGA